AAAUACAUGUGUGUCACCAGUGUCAUGAUUUAUCCUAUAAAACGCGACACCGAGACCUCUCAGUUUAAACACGGAUUAAACUUCGCAGUUUCCGUACUCGUAUCACUGGAUUAGAAUAUCCUUACAUAUUGUACAAUGGCUUUAAGUCGUAAACUAUUUAGCGUAUUCAUAUUGAUCUCUCUUAUGUUUUUCGUUAACGUUCGAUCGAGGCCCGCGGAGAAUGAUUCGCUGUCAAAAAUAUCAGAGGGGGAGAUGAUGGAGACGGCCGAAUCUCAGAACCCAUUUUUGCCGCGUUUCGCUAUGAAGAAGUUAAGAGAAAGGAAUGACAGAUUUAGAGCACAGAGACGAGGCAAUCCAGCGCAAAGAGGAUAUCAACCGAAUAGAAGAUAUGUGAAAUGCAAUCAUUAAAAGAAAUGAAAAAUCAUAUAAUUUUAUUGCUUGCAUUGGGUCUCGGUAGCGUUGCAGCGGAAUCUGUCUUGAUACAAGAUGGCGAUAAGAAAUUACUAUUGUCAGAAAGUAAUGACUCAGGAACCAAUCACAAAGAAGGACCUGCAAACAAUAAUGAAACAGAAAAGAAUGUGAAUAAUAUAAGCGUUGAAUCAUUACAGAAACAGCAACAAAAUAACGACGAUUUCGUGAAUAUUGUUAUUGAAGAAAGUGUUGAGACAACAAACACUGAGGCACCUUGUGAUCUACAGGAAUCAUUGUUGUUUGAUAUUCAGGGAAAUAAUGUCAUGAAUUUUGAUGACCAAUACGUCCCUAUGCAGGAAGAAGACUAUUUCUUCAGUGAUAUUGUAAACAAAGAUCCAAACGAAUUAAUGGACACAGCCUCCGGAUUCGUGCCCAUUCCGAUUUUUAGGCGUCAUAAGAACAAUCGCAAAAAAUAUCCCAACAUGCAAGCAAAAAGACGGUAUUAUAGAAGACCGUAUACCUACAAUCCUUAUAGACGAUUUUACUUUUAUCCCUACUACCAAUAUUAUCGUCCAAGCUCUCUACGAUUUUACUAACUUAAAUCACUAAGAAUUAUAACAUAUUAAUAUUGUAUAGGAUAACAGGAAAAAAUAAAUUUUAAUAAAACACAAACACAUUUUCACGUUUUUUUAAUACA